AAUCUCCUGACUCUGAUACCAAUGACAUAAGAAAAUAUAUACAGAAAAUGUAUAAUUAUCUAAUUAAUGUGAUGACACUGCAUACCUUAGUUUUCUGUUGCAAGUUAUGAAUAUGAAACUGUCGCUUAACUCUCGUGCCCGACGAGGACUAUGUUUUUUCAUGACAUGCUAGAAAACUCAAAACCUUCUUCGUGGACAACCCUUAUCACAGAUGGGCCUUCAGUCUUAAAUCAUCCUAACCAUUUUAUUUAAUCUACGCUCUGUCUAUAUCCCUGUCGGUCGGCAUACAUAUGCACGGGUUACGUAACUUCCUUUGAACUACAGUAUCGAUUUGGACCCGGCCCAUCAUGGGCGGAUCUAGAUGUGAAAUUCACCAUGCUUUGAAUCGAGGACUCGGCUAGCGUCCAUGGAGGUUGUCCGGGAAGAGACGGCACGGGCGUUUAUUAAAUGCGUAUGAGUGCGCCCCCUUCGAAUCUCCCCCUUGUUUGCCAGUGCGAUUCUCAAUGAGGAGGAAGGCAGGUGUGGAGGAGGAUCUUCCUUUCCUAUAACGAAUCCAAGGGAGGUCGAGAAGCCCUCCAUCUCGCCGUCUGGCUGGGCGAUUGAUGACGAUGCUGGGUAAGUCCCCUCCUUUCAGUUUCAGUUUCAUCAAGGAAGAAGGAGAGGAGGAGGCUGCCCAUGAAAACUGGCUGCCUCCGGCGGCUGCUGGCAAGCCUGCAGCAGUCCCCUGAGUCUCCCAACUAUACUGGCGUUGGCUCGCUUAUCCAGCACUGCACCGACCAUCGCCUUCUGCGGCCGGGCCGUCAGCUCCAUGGACGCCUCAUCCUUCUGGACGUCCGUCCCGCCAACUACCUUGGCUCCAAGCUCAUCACCUUCUACGCGAAGUCCGGCGACGUGGGAUGUGCACGCCAGGUAUUCGACAGAUUGCCGCAGAGAAACCUCUUCACGUGGAACGCUAUGCUCAUCGGUUACUCGCUCCAUGACUGUCACCGGGAAGCCCUGCUGCUCUUCUGUUCGCUUCUGUGCUCCGGUCUCCGCCCAGACAAUUACACCAUCACGUGUCUUCUGAAAGCAUGUUUUUCGAGCUAUGUUGACGUCGGGCAAUUUAGUGCAGGGAUCCACUCGUACGUCCUUAGAAAUGGGUUUGAUUCUGAUAUCUUUGUUCUCAAUGGUUUAGUGACUGCAUAUGCGAGGAUGGGUGAUUUGGUUGCUGCUCGGCGAGUAUUCGAUGGAAUGCCCGAAAGAGACGUGGUGUCUUGGAAUGCAAUAAUAGGUGCUUAUGCGCAGAGUGGGAGGUAUGAGGAGAGCCUUAAGUUGUAUGACGAGAUGGGAGUGGCUGGCGUUCAGCCAGAUGAGGUUACCGUGGUUAGUGCACUGCAAGCUUGCGCUAACUUACAGGAUCUCAGACGCGGGAUGAGUAUCCAAGAGGAGAUCUCAAAGGGCGGGAUUGCAAUGGAUACGGCCGUGUGGAAUUCGUUGAUUACAUUGUAUGCAAAAUGUGGGGAUUUGAACUAUGCACAGAAAUUGCUGGAUGAAAUGCCUAAAAGAGAUCCAGUUUCUUGGGGAUCAAUUAUUUCGGGCUACAUGCAAUAUGGAUACUGCCGUAAGGCCAUGGAGAUAUUCCAAACUAUGAAGAACAGGGGAGAGAAUGAGCAACCUUCGCUUAGCACAUGGAAUGCGAUGAUUGCGGGCUUGGUGCAGAAUGGUUAUCAUGGUGAAGUUCCUCGAAUGGUUCGAGACAUGCAGCUCGCACGAUUUAGACCGAAUUCCGUCACGAUCUCUAGCAUCCUGCCCACAUGUUCAUAUUUCUCUGCUUCGCGCACGGGGAAAGAAAUCCAUGCCCAUGCCAUCCGAAAUAGCCAUGACCAAAAUGCUUAUGUGGCAACUGCACUUAUCGACAUGUAUGCAAAAGCUGGUAGCCUUGAAGAAGCUCGCAGAACUUUUGGUUGGACAAUGGUGAAGAGUGCAUUUGUUUGGACUUCUAUUAUUGCUAGCUAUGCCGCCCAUGGGCAUGCAGAGACAUGUUUUGCACUCUUCCGUGAAAUGGUGGAUACAGGUACAAAUCCUGAUUCCAUCACGUUGACCUCGGUCCUAACUGCAUGCAGUCGGGCAGGUCUGAUUAGCGAAGCUCAGUGGGUCUUUGAAGGUAUGUUUACUAGCUAUGGAAUAAGUCCGACUGCUGAGCACCGCGCAUGUAUGGUUGAUGCUUAUGGUCGAGCUGGAAUGCUUGAAGAAGCGAUCCAAUUCAUUGGGAGGGCGCAGGAGGAGGCAAACCCACGAGUGUGGGGUGCAUUGCUUGGUGCUGCUUUAAUUCAUAACAAUACCGCCAUUGGAGAAUUUGCUGCCAAUCGAUUGUUUGAGUUGGAGCCGGAGAAUGAGGGAAAUUACAUCCUUCUAGCUAAUAUUUAUGCACAGGCAGGGAAGUGGAAAGAUGCAAAAAUAGUGAGGGAGAUGAUGAAGGAGAAAGGACUGAAGAAAAGCCCAGGAUGCAGUUGGAUCGAGAUAAAUAAAGAAAGGCGCAGGUUUGUUGUCGGAGACAAAUGGAAUGCUCAAACAGAAGGAACGUGUGAAGUUUCUGAAAACCUGCUUGGGGAGAUGAGACAGGCUUGUUAUUGUUCAUCUGAGGAAGAAUUGGCUGUUGAAAGGAUAGAAUGUACAUAAAUGUAGAUUCAUAAACUGAUGACAUAGGGACCAAUGACACAAGAUUGUUGCAAUGCGAUGCCUUAUUUAGGUGCUUU